GUUAAAUUAUAUAUAUUAAUAGGUGAAUUACAAUGAUGAAUAUUUCAAUAUUUCUUCUGCUUACUUUGACUAUUAUUGAGGUGAAAACAAAACAAUGUAGAUUACCCGAACCUGUGAAUGACUUCGAUUGGGACAAGAUAUCAGGGGUUUGGUAUCAAAUUUUGAAUGCUGGCGACGUUUUAGACCGCGUUGUCCCCUGCUUUAUAGCGAGUGAAUUUGAAUCAACAAAAUCUGGUGGAAAAUUCCGUUUUUUCGCGAUACGAGAAAAUGAGAGUACAAAAUAUUAUGAAAUGCGAUUUCACUACUUUCAUCGUGGAUUAAAUACAUAUUUCCGUAAUCAAGCCGAAGGUGAGUUUAAUUUACUUUGGUGUAUACUAAAAGCACAGUUUGAACGGAAACGAACCUCAAUCGCUUAA